CGCCGCCAUGUCGGCCAUGUUGCCUUCUGCCGGCUUCUUCGACGACUGGCUCAUCCUCUUCGAGCAGGUCUCUCCUUACGGUCUAGCUGACAUUGGAAUCGGAAUUUCUAUCGGCGUGUCUGUCCUGGGAGCUGCUUGGGGAAUCUUCACCACCGGGUCUUCGCUUGUGGGUGCAGCGAUUAAGGCUCCUCGCAUUCGCUCCAAGAACUUGAUCUCUGUUAUCUUCUGUGAGGCCGUUGCCAUCUACGGGGUCAUCAUCGCUAUCAUCUUGUCGACUAAGAUGGCUACACCUGAAGCUUUCCCUCAAAACGCCGCCGAGUGCAACACGCUCGAAGCUCUGCGCACCUCAUGGCCCCGGCUGCCUGGUGACGGGUCGAAGUGUCAAGGAUCGCUCUACAUGAAGAACCUGCUGUUCGCGGCCUAUGCCAUCUUCAACGCGGGGAUCUGUGUUGGGUUUUCAAACCUUUUCUGCGGGAUAUGCGUUGGCAUCACAGGCUCGGGCUGUGCGCUGGCGGACGCUCAGAAUGCCUCCUUGUUCGUGAAGAUUCUCAUCAUUGAGAUCUUCGGCAGCGCGUUGGGUCUCUUCGGCGUCAUCGUGGGGAUCAUCAUGUCGUCGGCGGCUGCAAUCAAAUAACGAGACCUCUUCCUCCCCUCGUGCAUGUAAAAUUGACCAGCAGACACUCGCGGGUUUUGUCAC